AUGCCCAGCUCAUGCAAUGAUAUCCGGGAGGCUUUAGCCCAAUGCCUCCAGGAGUCGGACUGUAUCAUGGUCCAGCGCCAUACGCCACGUGAAUGUCUCAGCUCUCCUCUCGCCGAGGAGUUACCCACGAAAUGUCAGCAGCUGCGGAAAGGAUUCAGCGAGUGCAAACGUGGUAUGAUCGAUAUGCGCAAGCGCUUCCGUGGCAACCAACCCAUCUCGCUAUCCAAGGAGAUGGACGGGAAAUCUGGUAACUCGUCUGGAGGGCAGCUAUAUGCUGGACAACCGGCAUACCAGACGGUCAAGGAAAUCAACGGAAACGAAGUACAGAUGGAUCCAGAGAAGACAAGGGGCCUGUAA